UUGAGCCCUUAAUCCUGCAACGUCGCAUAAAACCUGGUGUUAGCGCGUUGCUAGAAAACCCAUUUCAAUGGCGGGAAGAAUCUUAGUCAGAGCUUCUGCAUUUCGCCGGUUGAUUUCAACCUCAAAUCUUACCUUCUCGUUUCAGAGAGUCCACCAUGUUGUUUCAGCUAAAGCAGCUUCCACCUUCUCCAAUCAUCUCAAAAUUUCCCCGAAUCAACCUGAUCUCUUACACAAGAUUGGAUUCACGCAAUCCCAAAUCAGCAAUUUUCUUUCACAGAAUCAUCUCUUCUUGACGAAUUCCAAUUUGCAGGACAUUGAAGCUUCUGUUGCCGUUCUUUUAUCCUUCAAAAUUCUCCCGAAGGAUCUCGUUUCCAUGGCGAUCGACUGUCCUGCGGUUCUGGACUUGGAGUUUCUGAGGAAAUGGGAGGCAAGUUUGUCCUUAAUUGACUUACGCAAUGUUUCUGCAUUGAUGAUUCGGAGUAUGCUGGUGUUAUCUAAACGGUUUCAGCUGGAUUCGUGUAUUUUUAUUACAACUGUAGAUUUACUGAAACGUUUAGGGCUUAGUGAUGCUACUGUGACUAGGGUUUUAGAGGAUUACCCUGAAAUAGUGUUCUCGAACGAGGAAGAAAUCUUGCGAACGAUUGAAUUUCUGAUAGGAAUUGGAAUUCGAAGGGGUGAAAUUGAUCGGAUCAUUUGUUCGAUUCCCAAAGUUCUAGGAUUUAGGGUUGAUGGAAGAUUGAAGAGUUUGAUUGGUGAGUUCAAUGAGUUGGGGUUUGAUCAAAACGUGAUUGUAAGAGAAAUUGUCAGGGAACCGAGAAUUUUAGCCACAGAAUUAGGAGAAAUUUCAAGGUGCCUCGAGUUGCUUAGCAAUCUGAAAUGCAGGAACUCAAUCAAGGAGAAAAUCUUUGGAGACUGUGCUUUAAGAGCAGCAUUUGAAGUGAAACAGAGAGUUGAUUGUUUAUGUAAACAUGGGCUGAUUCGUACAGGGGCAUUUAAAUUGCUCUGGAAAGAACCGAGGUUGAUCACUUACGAAUUAGAGAACAUUGAAAAGAAAAUUGACUUCUUGACCCAUAAGAUGAAAUUUGGUGUUGACUGUUUGAUGGAUGUUCCUGAAUAUCUGGGAAUCAAUUUCGAAAAACAGAUUGUUCCUCGCUACCUUGUGAUUGAAUAUUUGGAAUCAAAAGGAUGGCUUGGUUCUCAGGUUGGAUUGAGGGAAAUUAUCAAGCCUAGCAGGCUCAGGUUCUAUAACCUUUUUGUUAAGCCUUAUCCAGAAUGUGGGAAGAUAUUUGGGAAAUUUGUAGGAGAUAACGAAACGAAGAGCCCAAGUCGGCAUCCUAUUGGACUAUGGAAGGUCUUCAAACCACAAAAACAUCCAGAAUCGAAAGAGGAUACUAAAAACAUGAAGUCGUUCAUGGAAUCUUUUGUUUAGAUAAAGGCUUGGUAAGAAGGAAGAAUGAGGGAUCAUCUGGUAACGGGAAGGCAGCAAAUCAAGCAGAUAUAUGGUGUACUCAAAGGUUCGAAGCAAAUGAUGACCUCAAGCGAGAUCUUGUUGAAUUUUGCGCCAUGAUCGAAUCAAGUAAAUAUAUGGUGGAGAUGACAGUACCCCCAGAGGGAGAUCUUGAUAAAUUUUGGACCGUGCAAACUGUCCUUAUAACAUUGUUGGUAAAAGCAGCAGAAGAUUAGCCUACUGGACAACUGGGGGCUGAGAUAUUGGUCACUCUAAUUGCUAAAGGCCUUUGUUACUGAAGAAAGCAACGGAGUCUGAGCUUUGGUUUUGUUAAGCUCUCCAUUAUUGGAUGAAAACACGUUCAAUUUUUCGUAAGCCGAUGACUUCCUCAUGGUGCAGUUCUUGUUGGAUCUUGGAUUUACACCGCUGCAAGCCAUCAAGGCAGAACCCUGAAAGAAUGUGGUUGGGAUGGAUGGUCAAACCUGCAUCAUUCUAAAUGCGGAUGAACUACUUUAUAAUUGAGCAUCACAUCCCAUCAUUACUUUGAUUACUAAUUCAACCUCACAACACGGAAUAAAUCUCAAACUUCUGAUGUCAUUCCUAACAUCUCACUCUCUAACACACAUUCCUAACCACAAGCUUACUGCAGAGUUUUCUCUGAUAUCAGCACAUUUCUACACUCUACUCAACAAAACUAAACAACGGAAAUCGUGAAUUAGAACACUCCAAAUCCAAUAUUGAAGAACAAGGGAUGAGCAUCUGGCAGACGGGAGGAAGAAGAAUCGAUUCAACUGUUUCAGUUGGACCGGUUUGACCUAAUUUUUACCGUUUUUUGAGUCAAUUUCAACCAUAUUGAUGUUUUAUAUGAUUUUUAGGGCCUACUUGGCAGGUUUUGGAGAAUUUAAAGGAGGAAAAGAUUCAAAUUUUUCUAGAAACAAGAAUUAAUUGAGGUAAGUGGCUAACUGGAAAUUCUAUUUGAGUUUUAUCUUGUAGGAUGAAUCUUUUAAUGAAUUGAAUUUAUGCCUAAAA